CUUGUAAAUGAUUUACGCAUCAUGCUGGCAGGGCACGCAGUGCGUUUAGUUAUAAAGUGCAUCAUGACUAUCGCUUAGAUCAUUUUCGUUAAAAGCAAACGUGUAAACGACCACAAAACCGUACGCAGAAACUUUUUUAAAGCAACUUGUGCUCGCUGGCUAACACGCUAGAAAGCAAUGAUUUGAAGAGUUCAACGGGGCUAUCCCCACUGUUAGCCAGCUAGCUCGCCAGUUUAGCUUACCUGACGGAUAAUGACGGACACAUGCGAACGGUCCAGUUCACUCGUUUGUGGGCCCUUCCAUUGCAGCGCAGAGCCGGCAAGCGCCAUAAAGGCAAUUGACAAACAGUCUGUGCAUCAGAUCUGCUCGGGGCAGGUCGUCUUGAGUUUGGCCACAGCUGUGAAAGAGCUGGUGGAGAACAGCAUUGACGCAGGUGCUACAAACGUUGACAUUAGGCUCAAGGACAAUGGUGUAGACCUGGUGGAAGUCUCUGAUAAUGGAAGGGGUGUAGAGGAGGACAAUUUUGUGGGCUUGACCCUAAAACAUCAUACAUCUAAACUGAGAGAUUUUUCCGACUUAACACAUGUUGAGACAUUUGGCUUCCGUGGUGAAGCCCUCAGCUCACUAUGUGCCCUCAGUGACCUCAGCGUGGUGACCUGUCAUGAGAGCAGCCAUGUGGGAACUCGGCUCGUCUUUGACCGCAGCGGUCGUCUCACCCAGCGGGCUCCCCACCCCCGGCAGCAGGGCACCACGGUCACCCUACAGCAGCUCUUCUCCACCCUGCCUGUUCGUCACAAAGAGUUUCAGCGUAACAUCAAAAAGGAAUAUUCAAAGAUGAUCCACGUCCUGCAGUCCUAUUGCGUCAUCUCCACAGGCGUGCGAGUCACAUGCACCAAUCAGAUUGGCCAGGGCAAGCGGAGCACGGUGCUGUGCACUAGUGGGAGCCCCAGCAUGAGGGACAACAUAGGAGCCCUGUUCGGCCCUAAACAGCUCCAGAGUCUAAUUCCCUUUCAGCAAAUAUCUCCCACUGACAACAUUAAAGAGGAUUACGGUUUAAAUGGGGAAGAACUUCCCAAAGAUCUUUUCAUAAUCUCUGGUUAUGUGUCUCAAGCUGAUCACGGCGUGGGGCGAAGUGCCACUGACAGGCAGUUCUUUUUCAUUAACAAAAGACCCUGCGAUCCGUCCAAGGUUUCCAAGCUGGUAAAUGAAGUCUAUCACAUGUUCAACCGGCACCAGUACCCGUUUGUGGCUCUGAACAUUUCAGUUGCUUCAGAGUGUGUGGAUGUAAAUGUUACGCCCGACAAGCGGCAGAUAUUCCUGCAAGAGGAGAAGCUGUUGCUGGCUAUUCUGAAGAGUUCACUUCUCGCCAUGUACGAGACUGGCGUCAAUAAGAUCACUCUUAAUCACAAACUACAGCUCUCGGGCAGUUUGUAUCGACCCACUGAUUCAGCUGAUGCUUUAGAAAGCCACCCGACAGCUAGCUCGUUUCAGGCGAUUACGGAACAUGAGGAGGAUGAUGACGGUUCGGAGACAUGGACUCGAAGCCCAAAGACAACCAUUAACUUGGCUGGACUGAAAGCAGCAUUCUCAAAGCAGCAAGCCCCUGGUUUUGGCACAAAGACAUCUCACAGUAAUGCUGUUUGUCCUGGGCCUGCUCAGAAAAACAUGCAGUCUUUUUUCCGCAGCUCUGAAAAGAUUAAUUGCCCAAAGCCAUUUUUGAGUUUUCCUGGGCGCACUGCUUCUGAAAGUGCAGUUUCACCACUGAAAACUUCUCUCCUGAAUAAGUAUGGGCACAGCUCAGACGUGGAUACUGAUUCGGGCCUUUCAGAGCAAAGAUCCACCACAGGAACCCCUGAGACUCUCUGUGAAAAUGCUUCCAAAUUGGCAUCUCCAGAUUCUGUUUUAGAUGAGUUUGGCGUUAAAAACGAGCCUCACAAUGAACCUGCAGUUAAGGUGCUCACUGAUUUAGAACCUGCAGGCCAAGAGCUGGAGGCCGUUGUUGGCCCCGAGAGGAUCUUCAGUCCUGAAGCGAAGAAGCGUAGAUGGGAGAACACCCUGUCUGAGCAGACACAGGUGCCAUGCCCCGGGGCUCCAGACACCACCUCAGGGUUGUUUGACAGACACGUCAGUGUGCACAAAAAGACACAGCCUUUGCAGUUCUCAAUGACUCAGCUAGCCAGUCGAAUGGAGAGACUAAAGACCCAGCGAAGAGAGGAGAUUGACCAAGAGCCAAAAUACAGACGUUUCAGGGCGCAGAUUAAACCUGGAGACAACCAAAGCGCCGAGGACGAGCUGAAGAAAGAGAUAAGCAAGGACAUGUUCAAACAGAUGGAGAUUAUUGGUCAGUUCAACCUGGGUUUCAUCAUAACCAAGUUAAAGUCGGACCUCUUUAUGAUCGACCAGCACGCCACAGAUGAGAAGUACAACUUUGAGAUGCUGCAGCAGCACACCAUCCUAAAUGGACAGAGACUUAUAGUUCCACAGAAUCUUGAACUUACAGCUGUGAGUGAAACUAUUCUUAUUGAAAACAUUGACAUUUUCAAGAAAAAUGGCUUCGACUUUCUUAUUGAUGAAGAUGCACCGGUCAUGGAGAGGGUAAAGCUUGUGUCUUUACCUACAAGUAAGAGCUGGACCUUUGGCCCCAGUGACAUCGAGGAGCUCAUCUUCAUGCUCAGUGACGGUCCUGGGGUCAUGUGCAGACCUUCUCGCGUCCGGCAGAUGUUUGCAUCCAGAGCAUGCCGCAGAUCGGUAAUGAUUGGAACGGCACUCAGCGUCAGUGAAAUGAAAAAGCUCGUGGUCCACAUGGGGGAGAUUGAGCAGCCUUGGAACUGCCCUCAUGGCAGACCCACCAUGAGGCACCUGGCCAACCUAGAUAUCAUUUCUCAAGACUGAAACGCAUCUAUGAAGUGUGAUUUGCUGCAUCACACUUGGAUCCGGCUCUCAUUCAAGCUUUCGUUCAGGAUGAUGGGGAUAUAUGUCUUCUUUAACAGACAAACAUUCAUCAUGUAGCUAGUUAUGUCGCUUAAGGUCUCGACAUUUCACUGCGUUAGCUACAUGUACUGUUUCAUGUAUGCAUAUAUACUUUUUUUUAUGAGUAAUUAAAUGUUUUGCAAGAUCUUAUUACUAUUUUUACAAAAGAAAUUGUGUAGAUUUAUUUGUUUUAAAGCUUAUAAAUAAAAAGCUGACACUAAAAUUA